AUGAUAGGCGGAACAACCACCGGAAGCGGGUCCAGCACCCCAGACAAGCUUUCAGAACUCAUCGGAACACCUAGGGCGGACCCCGUUUUCGAUCACGAUAUAUGCUUAUUAUGCAACAAGCUCUCCGAAUCAUUUGAUGACAACAUGAAGCACAUGCAAAAGGUACACGGGCUUUUCAUCCCAGAUAAGAAGCGCCUCAUUGUGGAUCUUGAAACUCUCUUCUCCUAUCUCCACCUCAUCAUCGUCAGACACAACGAAUGCAUCUGCUGUGGAACGCAGCGGGCUAGCACGCUCGCAGUACAGCAACACAUGCUUGGAAAAGGCCACUGCAAGUUCGAUAUUGCCAGCGACGACUCGGAGUUUGCAGACUUCUAUGACUUCUCCGGCUCAGAGGCGGGGAGCGGAGUAGACGAAGACGCAGACGACAGUGCACUCCCGAGGAAAGAUAGAGUCGAGAAUCGCACAGUGCAGCCUGCCGAAAAUUCGCUCCGAUUGCCCUCAGGUAGAGUCAUCUCUCACCGAUCUCAAAUACAAAUAAAUCCCCGACGACAACUUCUGAAGCCACGAUCGCCUGGCAGGUCAGAUCUGAUAAAGGAUGGACCAGCAAGCGACAUCAACAGCUCAGCACCUACGACUUCAUUAUCAACGUCAUUAGUCAGUCGUUUCGGCAAGGAUGCCCUUACGCAGACGAGAGCUGAUAAGAAGGAGUACAAGUUCGCGAAACAGCUGGCUUCGCUCAACAAGAACGACGAGAGGAGUCUUGCUCACUUGUCAUUGCCACAACAGCGGGCAAUUCUGGCUACUCACCAGAAGCAGAUUGAGAUGGCACACCGAGCAGAAGAAAGAUAUCGGGGGCGACUGGAAAGUCUUGGAAACCAAUUUUUGAUGACGCAUUUCGUCAAAGAUGCCGCUGAUAAGAGGACCUUGUGGAAGUGA